AUGAGAGUGGCAUUUGUUUUUGUUUUGUUCUUUGCUGCAGUUCUCUGCCGACCAGCAAGAAAAUUUUCUGACAGUUCUGCAGAGAGCUCUGAAGAAGUGGUCAGACGACCUGCACCUUCGCUUUUCAGGAAAAAGAUGGCCGAACUGACUCGACUUCGUGUGGCACCGUUCAGGAAUUUUUUCGCACCCUUUGCUGCUGGUUCAGAUGAGAGCACAGACAGUUCCAAUGAGGCAGCAGUCGAGAUUCCAUCUUUUGUCAACUUUGAGACUACAGAUGAUGCUGCAACAGAGACGCCCUCUGUCGACAACCAAGAUGAACCAAGUAAAGACAGCGAUGAUGAUGAUGAUGAUGAAGAAGAAGAUGAUUCGGAGGAAAAGGAAGACGAAGAAGACAGCUCAGAAUCUGGCGAAUCUUCCACUGUAGCUCCUGAAACAGUGACCCCAGUAAUUGUGACCGAUGAGCCCCAGUAUGAAACAACAGAGGAUGCCCUGUUGCCCACAAUUGUCACAGACACAGAUUCAGGCCGUGGUGACAGCAUGGGGGGAUACCCCAGUGAAUACAAGAGCUAUGUCUACGGGGGGGACAAGACCUACCAUAAGGCUCCUUCGUCUUACAAGUCCUAUGAAUACGUUGACAAGAAAUCGGGUUAUAACAUGCCCGUUAACAACGAGGUGGAGAAGUCACCAGAGGUGUACAAGAGUGAGCCUUACCAGAAGCAUUCUGAAAUAUUGGAAGAAGACACCAGCACACCUGAAAAUCAGGAAGUUCUGCCAGAGGAGGAGGAAAAUGCAGGCACAAACGAUAGUGGAAGCUCCGCAGAUGUAGACGAACAGGAAGAAGAAUCUGUGGAAGCUAAGGACACGCCUGGUGCAGCUGACAGCGAUUCAGAUGAGAGCGACAGCAUGGAGAGUGACUCAGAUGAGAAAGAGGUUGAGUCUGAAAACACCACUGACAUGCCUGUGGUCAUCACCGCCAAAUAA